AACAACAAUGUGGUGACGUGGCCGGCGUUCCGAACGUACUACGCCUCGGUGAGCCUCGCGUUCGCAGGCGACGACGAGUUUGUCGCGAUGCUGCGCGGCGUGUGGCGCCCACGCGCGCUGCAAGUGACGCCGGAUAAAGGCGUCUUUGGCAACAAGCGCAGCGUGCUGCUGGAGAAGCUCGGCCAGCGCACGCACAAGGAAGAGAACGAACGCGACGUUUUGUUGCGCGCACUGCGCAAGCACGACGCGAGCGAGACGGGCUACGUCGCACCGCACGAGCUGCAGAGAGCCUGUGAAGUGCUUGGUCUCGUCGUGACGAUGGACGAAGUCCGCGACACCUUUGCGGUCGGGACGCGGGACGCCCGCGGCAAGCUCUCGGUCGCCUGGUUUGCCGACUUUAUCUGCGCCGACAACAUUGCCUAA